AUGGGUGUUUCAAGGACCAAGACGAUUAAAAACAAGCAUGCCACCAAAAACUCGGGCAUCAGCAACAGCAAGGCCUCCAAGUCUGGUGGCCCCCCCGAUGGCAUCGUAAAAUCCAAGAAGAAGGGCCCGCCGCCGUCUUCCAAACCCAAGGGCAAGGGCGCACUCGCUGCCCUACUGGCCAAGAGGAAGAAGAAGGUCUACUCGGAAAAGGAGCUCGAUAUCCCCAAGCUGAACACGGUCACCCCGAUUGGUGUGGAAAAGCCCAAGGGAAAGAAGAAGGGCAAGGUUUUUGUGGAUGAUCGUGAGAGCAUGAACACGAUCCUCGCGUUGGUCCAGGCGGAUAAGGAGGGCGAGAUUGAGUCCAAGAUGAUGAAGGCGCGACAGCUUGAGGAGAUCCGCGAGGCCAGACGGGUCGAGACCGAGAAGAAGGAAGCCGAAAAGAGGGCCAGGCUGGACGAGACCAAGGAGUCGCUGCGGAGGAAGAGAAACCGAAGCAUUGGCAAGCCCAGCGCCGACGCGGCCGACGACUCCGUGGUCAAGGAAGCCGUCACGUCUGGUAGCAGGGCCGUCAAGCCCAAGAAGAAGAGAGUCUCCUUUGCCUGA